UUCUUCUUUCUAUUUCCGGCAGACUUGUAGAACAUCUUAGUCAGGUAGAACAAGUUCUUAACCGGGUUUCCUCCCUCUGUCCUAAGGCCCACACUACAUUCUACAGUCCGGUAGGUGACAGAAUGAAGCUUUCAAGCCAUGGCUGGCAGCAAAAAGACGAAGUAAUGGAGCUGAAUGCUCGCUGCUCUCGCGAGAUCUGACAAAACCGCGUGUGAACACAACAAGACGAGAGGGAGUAAAAUGGCCGUUUGAUGGAGAACACGUUAUUGUGGUUGUUAUAGUGGUGUUUUCUUAACCAGCAAGUGUGUGUACACACAUGUGCUUUUUAUUCGAGUAAACUUUAAUUAUCGUUAAUAAUUAUUUGGGUCCGGGAUACAUUAGGCUGAGCGCGCGUUGCUGCGUCCCCCUGCUAACUUAGCUUAGCUUGUUAGCCGCUAACAAAGACGGGCGGAAGUGAUGAAAACACAUCGCUAAGCAGAUAUCAAGUGUUGUGAUUGUGGGAAAAUGUGCGAAAGAAAGAAAGCAGAGUACGAGGAGGAACUUUGUCCAACAAAAGAGGAGAAGGAGCGACAACGUCAACUACUGGACGCUGUUUUCAAGAAACAUCAAGUUGUGUUGCAUGGAACAGACGAUCAGCAGGCCUCUCACAUUAAAGAGGAAGAGGAGGAAGUGUGGAUCACUCAGGAGGAAGAGUGUCUUCUAGGGCAGGAGGAGGCUGAUCUCAGCAAGUUUCCACUGACUGUUGUCUCUGUGAAGACUGAAGAGCAUGAAGACAAACCACCUGAGUCCUCACAGCUUCAUCACAGUCCAAAUGUCUGCGAAGAACACAUUCUCCCUGAUCAGCAGGAGUGGACCUCCAGGAUUGAGCAGGAGGAGCCACAGCCCCCCUACAUUAAAGAGGACGAGGACCCAGAUCCGCCUCACAUCAAAGAUGAAGAGGAGGAGUCACAGCGCCCCUGCAUUAAAGAGGAAGAAGAGGAACACAGGGACUAUCUUGAAGGACUGGAGGAGGUUGACGUCACCAAAGUGCCAGUGACUGGUGUCCCUGUGAAGAGAGAAGAUGAUGACGUCAAAGGUGAGAGUGAGGAGGAGAAGAGAGAGGCGGAGCCUCCGAGCAGCAGCUCAACAGAAGCUGAUGGAGACCACUGUGGAGGAUCACAAGCAGACAAGCUCUUAGCUCCACUAUCAGAUAGUGAGGACACAACGUCACACUCUCCUGACACUGAUGAUGAAGACUCUAAAGACGACAAGACAUGUCACACUGACAACACACACCUGACGUGUCCUCACUGCGACAAAACCUUUAAGUACCCAAGUAAACUGAAGCGACACGUGAGAACGCACACUGGAGAAAAACCUUUUACCUGCUCCGUUUGUGGUAAGGGUUUUGCCCAAAAAAAUGAGUUGAAAGAACACAACAUGAAGAAACACACAGGAGAAAAACCUUUUCCCUGCUCGGUAUGUGGUAAAGGUUUUGUACGAAGACAGUGUUUGCAAGUCCACAUGAGAACGCACACUGCAGAAAGACCUUUUUCUUGUGAAAUCUGUGGUAAAAGUUACAUACAAAAUCAAUCUUUGAAAUUACACUUGAACACACACACCGGAGAAAAAACCUUUUCAUGUCCAAUCUGCAACAAAAUCUUUUACUACCGGUCAGCAUUUAAAAGUCACACUAAAACCCACACCGGAGAAAAACCUUUUACUUGUUCAAUCUGCGGUAAAGUUUUUUCACAAAAUCAGUGUUUGAAAGUACACAUGAGAACACACUCUGGAGAAAACCAUUGUUCUUGUUCAGUCUGUGGUAAAGAUUUUGUGCAACAAAACAGUUUGAAAGUACACAUGAGAACACACACCGGAGAAAACCUUAUUACGUGUUCAAUCUGUGGUAAAGGUUUUGUGCAUAAAAACAAUUUAAAAGUCCACAUGAAAAUGCACACUGGCGAAAAACCUUUCUCCUGCGCAGAAUGCGGUAAGCGUUUUGUAAAACGUAGCUAUUUGAAAACACACACGAGCAUACACACACGAGAAAAACUCAAUACCUGUUCAGUCUGCGGCAAAGGUUUUGUACAAAAUACGAAUUUGAAAGUGCACAUGGCGACGCACGCGGAUGAAAAACCUUUCCCCUGUUCGGUGUGCGGGAAACGUUUGGCUCGGAAACAUUUGUUAAAGGAACACAUGCAAAUACACACUGGAGGAAAAACAUUUUCCUGCUCACAGUGCGAUAAGGUUUUUGCACGAAAAUAUGGGUUAAAAGCACACAUGAGAAUACACACUGGAGAGAAAAUGUUGAGUUGCAGUGUGUGUGGUGAAAGAUUCUCCUAUAAGUACCAGUGUAAGAAACACAAGUGUGCUGGGGAGAACAGCAGCAAAUGAAGAUGCUGGAUUUGAAAUAAAACUGUUUAAACUAUGUUAACUUUGACUUUCUAACAUCAGCACAAAUGCCAGUUAAGAACUAUGGGAGACCAUGUUUUCUGCUCCGCUGCUCCCAGUCCGUGGAACACUCUCACUGACCACCUGAGGGCACCUCAGACUGUGAAUGCUUUUUAAAAAGGCUUAAAAACCCUUCUUUUUAAAAAAAAAAAAAAAAAAGCCUUUUAAUAAAUAUAUGCAUACUAGUUCUAGCUAUUAUGCUGUUCUAGUUUACAUAUUUCAUUUAUUUUUAUUAUCUUUUUAUCAUUAUUAUUUUAUUUAUUUUUAAUGCACUGUAGCACUUUUAGGUUGUUUGCUCAAUGUAAAGUGCUUUUUACAAAUAAAUGGGUUGUACUUGUAUAGCGCUUUUCUACCUUCAAGGUACUCAAAGCGCUUUGACACUACUUCCACAUUAACCCAUUCACACACUGAUGGAGGGAGCUGCCAUGCAAGGCGCCAACCAGCACAGUGUUAAAUAAAAAAUAAAAAAUAAAAUUCACUUCACCCAUCAGGAGCAAGGGUGAAGUGUCUUGCUCAGGACACGACGGACGUGACGAGGUUGGUACUAGGUGGGAUUUGAACCAGGGACCCUCGGGUUGCGCACGGCCACUCUAUUAUUAUGAUGUGUGAUAUUAUUGUUGUGUGUAACACAAUCUUGUUAUUGAUAUUAUUGUUGUGCGUAACACAAUCUUGUUAAUACAUUUCUAACAUUUAUAGAUUAGAUAUUUUAGAAUACUGUUUUUUCAGUGGUCUGGAUCAUGUUUUGGUUAUAUUCUGCUAGUUUCGGACUUCCUUAGUUCCUGUUUUUGUGCACCCUUGUUGGUUACCACGCUGUUUGUAAGUAGGAAAAGCGGACGUGAUGACAGGUUGUAGAGGACGCUAAAGGCAGUGGCUUUAAGGCACGCCCCCAAUAUUGUUGUCUGGGUGGAAAUCGGGAGAAAUUCGGGGAGAAUGGUUGCCCAGGAGAUUUUUAAGAGGGGCACUGAAAAAACGGGAGUCUACCAGGAAAACUGCCUCAAGGGCCAGAUGAAAUUACACGGGCCAGAGUUUGAUACAGUAUACAAGACUGCUGUUGAUGUUGUCUUUUGGGUAGCAGAAAAUUUGCUUUUGUUGGAAGAUAAAACAUUUAAAAAAAAACUUGAAACUGUAUUAAAGUAUUCUGCUGAUCGGUUUUAAUUGUUGGACAAAUUUCCAGGUUGAGUUUUUCCAAUGACCUACAGCAGGGGUAGGGAACCUUUAGCUCGCGAGCCAGAUGUGGUUCUUUUGAUGACUGCAUCUGGCUCUCGGAUAAAUCUGAGCUGACGUUGCCUAACACGAUAAGUAAUGAAUAAUUCCACUUGUAAUCACAGUGUUAAAAAUAACGUUAAAAAUAUAAAAAUACUCAUGCAUUUGAAUCUUUCCAUCCUUUUGUUCAAGAAGUUGCCUUAAAGGGGAACAUUAUCACAAUUUCAAAAGGGUUAAAAACAAUACAAAUCAGUUCCCAGUGGCUUGUUGUAUUUUUUGAAGUUUUUUUCAAAAUUUUACCGGUCUCGGAAUAUCCCUAAAUAAAGCUUCGAAGUGCCUUAUUUUCGGCUCUCUGCGAAGACACUGGCCAUUUCCCUGUGACGUCAUACAGUGCUGCCAAUGUAAACAAACAAUGGGAAUACCACAGCAAGAUAUAGUGACAUUAGUUCGGAUUCAAACUCGGAUUUCAGCGACUUAAGCAAUUCAACAGAUUACGCAUGUAUUGAAACAGAUGGUUGGAGAAUGAAAGUAUUGAAGAAGAAACUGAAGCUAUUGAGCGAAUAGCUAUUGACGCUAUUCAUAGUCAUAGCAUGGCCGAAUAGCUGCGUUAGCAUCGCCGGUAAAAUGUGCGGACCAAACGAUCAGGACUUUCGCAUCUUUUGACACUGGAGCAACUUAAAUCCGUCGAUUGGUAAGUGUUUGUUUCACAUUUAAUGUGGGUGGAAGGAAACGUAAUAUAGUUGCAAAUGCAUCUGCAGGUUAUCCAUACAUCUCUGUGCCAUGUCUGUCUUAGCAUCGCCGGUCAAAUGUGGAGACACUCUGGUACAUUCAAUGGGGGUCUGGCGGCAGAUUUCUUGCCACUUUGGCAUCUUCGGGCCAGUGGUGCAACUUGAAUCCCUCCCUGUUAGUGUUGUUACACCCUCCGACAACACACCGACGAGGCAUGAUGUCUCCAAAGUUCCAAAAAAUAGUAAAAAAAACGGUGUUUGUAAUGUGUUGAAAAUGAAAAUGGCGCGUGUGUUACCUCGGCGACGUCACAUUCUGACGUCAUCGCCUCCAGCGCGAUAAACAGAAAGGCGUUUAAUUCGCCAAAAUUCACCCAUUUUGAGUUCGGAAAUCGGUUAAAAAAUAAAUGGUCUUUUUUCUGCGCCAUCAAGGUAUUUAUUGACGCUUACAUAGGUCUGCUGAUAAUGUUCCCCUUUAAGGGUAAGAAAUAAUGUAUUUAUUAUUAGUUAAUGUAGGACUAGCCCUCUUGGAGGUUCUUCAACAAGGCCCAAGUGGGCCUUUUACACACCUGUCGCUGAUUUCAAGGCCGGUCCUGGCAACACCCCGCUUCGCUGCAGACUCACAGGCCACGCCCCCUCCUAAAUUAGCUUCAGAAUGACAACAUUAUUACAAAGAAUAAGAGACCUAUUAUACUCUAGAAAUGUUGGUCUUACUUAAAAAUGCACACUUUUAGUUGUGUUCAGUGUUAAAAUGAUAUUAUAUGGCUCUUGCGUAAAUACAUUUUAAAAUACUCUCUCAGCCAAAAAGGUUCCCGACCCCUGACCUACAGGGUACAGGACUUCUGUUGAUGUUGUCUUUUGGGUAGCUUUAGCUGGAAGAUAAUGAGAUUUACUGCCUGAACAGGUACUUGAACCCUGGACCCUCAGAUUAAAAGUCUGAUGCUCUACCGACUGAGCUAUCCAGGCUCUUGUUACCUGAAGUCUGCCCAUGGUUGGAAACAAUAACAAUACUGGCACCCUCAUCUCAAAGUGAAUUAGUUAGGAUGUUCAGCAAAUAUCUGGGAACUGUCGAAGCUCAAGCUUGCCAAUUGCUUGAACUACAACUACUGACCAUUAAGCCAGUUUUAUAUCAUCAUAGACAGAGAGGCUGCAGACAAAGAAAGAAGUCCCUGUACCAAAGUUGCCAACUCUAAAAUGGAUUUACCCUUCGGACAAAGGUUUUAUGCUACUGUCCUUUACUACCAAUCAACAGCGAAAAGACAGAAUUUUGUACACAGCCGGAUGUUCCAACAAAACAAUAUCGAAUACAUAAAAAAAUGUUGUUUAUAACGUAACUUGGACAAUGACGUCUAGAACAGAAUAGAUUGAGUUCAUUUUAAUUUGGGGUUUUAGGCGAGUUUUAUUUAUUUUAUUUUUUGACGGGGAGGGAAAACCCUCUCCAUUAUCCAGUUACUGAUUUCUGGUAGCUGCUUAAAAAGAAUAAAUACAAAAUGCUUUACUUAACCCUUGUGUAAUGUUCACAUUGUUGUUUACCUUAUCCCAAUAAACAUCUGUUCAGUUA